AUGGCAGGCGUGUCGCGCGAGGCGGCGCUGGACGAGGUCUCGCCUAUGGUGCAGGAGGGCUGGGACGGCGGCGAUUUGCCGACGACGGCCCCACGCACGGUCCCUGGCAUGGACCUGGCGACGGUCACGGCCAUGGCCCUUAGCACCAGUGGACUCGCUACGGUGCCCGCGGGCGCUACGGACGAGAGUGGCAUGGAGGACACUCCGCUCAUGCCGCCCGAGUCGGCGCACCUCUUUGAGCGUCUGCAGGCGUGCCUGCGUCUGCGUGAUAAGUACAUGUCGGAAAGUCUGCAGGGCGACCUCUUUGACAACCCGAAAAACUGGGACGCCGAGUACUGUGUCGAGUGGGCGCAGGAGCACGGCGCCGAGGCGUCGGCGCUUCUUGCGUCCGCGCAGAGUGUGCCGGUGCGUAUUGACGGGUGUGCGAUGGAUGCGACGACGCAGCAGCCGCGGCCGUGGCGGAUCUACCCCGCGCCGCCGCGCCCCCACUGGGAGCAGUUCACACCGGCGCCUCCGUCGUCGUUUGUGGGCGGCGCGCAUCCCGUGCCGCCCAUGCCACCGGCGUCGCAGGCGAAUGUGCUGGCGGCGCAGGCGCUCCUCGAGAGCUGCGGCGGCGUGCCGGGCGCCUUUGCGGAGGAGGCCAUGUCGCUGCCGCCCGCUCACUGCAUCGAUGGGCGGCGUGUGCAGAUGGGCAUGCGCGAUGGUGUGUUCCAUGCGUGGGUCGAGGAUGCACGCGGCGUGCGCCGGUGCCUCACGCGCGUGACGUCGAGUGCUGAGUGGUUCGACGACCACGACUUUCUCGUGAGCGUCACGAGCGAUGGGCCGGCGAAGACGUUUGCGUGGCGCCGCCUCAAGUACCUCGAGGGCAAGUGGAACCUGUACAAGCUGCUCAACGAGUACCGCGAGACGGACCUGCUCAAAAAGGUCGCACACCGGGACUUUUACAAUGUGCGCAAAGUCGACACGCACGUCCACCACAGUGCGAGCAUGAACCAGAAGCAUCUACUGCGCUUCAUCAAGGCGAAAGUCAAGCGGCACCCCGACGACGUGGUGCUGCGCCGCGGUGCUACGCCCAUGACGCUGCAGGACGUGUUUGACUCGCUCCAGCUGACUGCGUACGACCUGAGCAUCGACACGCUGGGCAUGCAUGCGCACCAGGACUCGUUCCACCGCUUCGACCGCUUCAACCUCAAGUACAACCCGAUUGGCGAGUCCAAGCUGCGCGAAAUCUUCCUCAAGACGGACAACGACAUCCAGGGGCGCUACCUCGCCGAGAUCACGCGCGAGGUGAUUAGCGAUCUCGAGCAGAGCAAAUACCAAAUGUGUGAGUACCGCGUGUCGGUGUAUGGCCGGAACGCCGACGAGUGGGACAAGCUCGCGCGCUGGGUCGUUGACCACCGCCUGUUCAGCGCCAACGUGCGCUGGCUCAUCCAGGUGCCGCGCCUGUACGAAGUGUACAAGGCGAACGGCAACGUCACGCACUUCCAGGACCUGCUCGACAACGUCUUCCGACCGCUGUUCGAGGUGACGCUCGAUCCGAGCACGCACCCCCAGCUGCACAUCUUUCUGCAGCGUGUGAUUGGCCUCGACAUUGUCGACGACGAGAGCAAGCCGGAGCGCCGCUUUUUGCGCCAGUUUCCACCGCCGGCACAGUGGGACUAUGCGGCGAGUCCGCCGUACUCGUACUGGCUGUACUACAUGUACGCGAACCUCGCGACGCUGAACCAGUGGCGGCGGGAGCGGUGCUUCAACACGUUCGUGCUGCGCCCUCACGCGGGCGAGGCGGGCGAUCCCGAGCACCUCGCCUCCGCGUUCCUCACGUCGCAGUCGAUUUCGCACGGCAUUCUGCUGCGCAAGGUGCCGGUGCUGCAGUACCUGUACUACCUGAAGCAGGUCCCGAUCGCCAUGUCGCCGAUCAGCAACAAUGCGCUGUUCCUCGCGUACGAGCGCAAUCCGUUCCCCGAGUACUUCCGCAAGGGCCUCAUUGUCACGCUGUCGACCGACGACCCGCUGCAGUUCCACCUGUCCAAGGAGCCGCUGCUCGAGGAGUACAGUGUGGCCACGCAGAUCUACAAGCUGUCGUCGGCGGACAUGUGCGAGCUCGCGCGCAACAGCGUGUGGCAGUCGGGCUGGGAGAACGAGAUCAAGCGCCACUGGCUGGGCCGCCACUACUUUGUGCCGGGCGCGGCCGGCAACGACAUUUCCAAGACCAAUGUGCCGGACGUGCGGCUGCAGUACCGCCACGAGACGCUGCAGCAGGAACUCGCCUUUGUAUGGCAGUCACCACCUACAUAG